GCUUAUGCGGUGAAAGUGCUUGUGGCUUGUCCCGUCAGGUGCGGGCGUUCCCACCUUAUCUGGUAGACUUAUUAACCACGCGAAAAGACUGAAUCCUCACACACACACACUCACACUGACACAAGAUGGCUGGCAAGGGAUUGUUGCUUCUUUGUGUUGCUGCUCUUCUUCUCCUCGUUUCAGAGGCUGAGGAAAAAUCAGGGAUGCAGAGGAAGCCAACAUGUGGAGAUUUGGCUGAGAUUGAAGCUUGUCCCAUGAACCUGGCUCCGGUGUGUGGGACAGAUGGAAACACCUAUGCUAACGACUGUGCUCUCUGUGUACAAAGACUGAGAACCAAAACGGACAUCAUGGUUAUGAAGGAGGGAGAAUGUUGACCUCAUCGUUGUAAAUGAUGACAUUUCGUGCCCCUUGGAAUGACCUGAGUCAAUGAAACACCUUUUGAUCGGUAGAUCAAAUUCAUCAAUUAAAAAAAAAAGUAAUUUGCAGCUAAACGUGUGACUUCCUUUCUUCCUGUAUUUCCAUGGAUGUAUUUCCUGGUAUUCCAGUCUAAGAGGCAGAACAGGAAAGCUUGCAUGUUCCGGAAAUGCACGUGCGAUGAGGAGACCAAAGCCAAAAUGCAAAUGUCACUGACUGGGGCCGGCGUUGAUAAACGUUCUGCUACAGAAUUGCUCGUGACAUUGAUCUACCGAGCCCUGGGCUGCUUUCCAGAAUGUAUGCUUUCUGUAUGCUUGUAUUCUUAAAAGAAAACUGUCUUAAGAAUAGUGCAGAGAACACACCAACCAGGAAACAUCAGGGAACCCUGAUGCAAACUCAAGUGUCCAGCACUCGAGAUUUGGAAUAACACUUCUUAUGGCAACUGUUAAGUAUGCAUUCUAGUCAAACACUACAAUAAAUGUGUGUGUGUGUGUG